AUGAAUAAAACAAACGAGUUCUACGACCCGGUUGAGCGCAAGUCGCAUUUCCUACGGCAGUCCGGGAUAAAGUACAGACUCAUCUGUUACUGCAAGAACUGUUGGUUGUCCCUCUACAGCCGUGUAUGCCUUUCGCUUACACUCUACAGCCUGUACACUCAGAAGGCCGUUGGAUUGCCCAAAAUGGAUUUUCCGAAAAAAUUAGCCGCCUUGUCAGCCGCGUCAAAUACUCCCGGCUGCAUUGUGAUUACGCUAAUGCAGCUUCAGCCCCAUGUGAUCACAAUCAGCAAAUAUCGCCUCGGGGGUGCCGCGUGGACCGUCAACCAUUUCGAGAACCUGGAACCGUUCGUCAGCCGCAGUCCAAAUCAAUGGACUUUUUGCAACGGACGCUUCUACUGUCUUAGCCAAAGCAGCCAAUUGGCAUGUUACGAUCCCGAUAAUAGUGCCUGCUUCGUCGUCCCCGUCGAGCGACUUGAGUGUAUAAGGGCACCUGCUUGA